GAAACUGGUUGUCCUGGUGCCUACCCCCACCCCCCCGUUCUGUAAAUAAUCCUUCCCCUCUCUACCCCCUCCGCCACCACUCACAACCCACUGUGGGGAGUAAGGGGACCAGAGCGGUAUCUCUGGCACCACACUAGGGAUUAUCAGGUAAUAAAAGCUUUGACUCCCUAAGGAAGCGUCUCCCUUUGUCUGGGGUGGGGCAGCUGUACCAGGGCCAGGGCUCUCCCAGGCCACUCCUGGCCCUGCUCUCAGUGUGCUGUCUCAGCUGGUCUCAGAAGCCGUAGUCUUCUCGACGACUCCUUUCGGACCCGCGCAGCCUCUCCAGCUCUUAGCUAGUUGCCAGGACCCAUGUCUCAUUCUCAGCACGUCUUUGGUGCGGUGAUCCCAGCCAGCCUCACUCCCUGGGAACAUGGCCAGGGUCCCCACUGUUUGCCUAGCGUGGGGCAUGGAAGAGAGAGGAGGUAGCUGGCUAAGUAAUGCCAAUCUGGAUUGUGCUACAAAACUCUGGAUUGUGUUGCUUUGUCCAGGAUAAGCCUUUAUAUCCACACUUAUUGGGUUAAAUAGCUUUCAUUUAAUUUAACAAAAUUUCACUUCAUUUCAUAUUUGGACUUUUUUAUGAGAAGUGCCUCAGACCCAGAGGCCAGGGUGAUGGGAGUCUUCGAUCCCAACUUGGUAUCAAGCCUGACGUAUUACACAAAAGCGUCUAACUUUUGUGUCUUAAAUAAGGUGGGUGUUUCAUUUAUUUCUCAUGUAACGGUGUGCCCAGUCCAGAGACCUAGUGUCCUCCCAUCUUGUGGUCCCAGUGUCCCUUUAGGAUGUUAUUCGUGUCCUUGUGGCUGAAGCUGGAUCACCGUCUUCUCCCAUGGAGAAGCAGAAAGAAGAUGGAGAGCAAGCAACCUCAUUUCUAAGGACAUGAAGCUUCCUACAGCCUUCUUUCCAUUUGCACUCAUACCCCAUUGGCUAAAACUUAGUCCUAGGCUGUACCAUAGGACAAUAGAAUUGCUAGGAAACGUGGUCUUUGGUUGGCACAGCUGGGAGGGUGGGUCUCUUCGUUGCCUCUCAUCCUCAUGAGCAGCCCCUGAUGGGAACAGGAGCGUAAACUGGUUGCCACAGCUGCGACAGCCUCAGUGCGAGGCUGAGAGAGUCUUGUGGCCUGUGGGGCCUUUUUCAAGAAGCAGGGAUAGGCCCUGCGCUACUCAGGCUGUCAGGAGUGAGAAGUGGCACUCCAUUCUGGGCCGUGGAGGCACACUCAGGUCAUUGCUGGUGUGCUUUUUGGCGGAGAUGGGACUUGAGCUACCCAAGGGAUGCUGGGAAUUUGGAUGAGCAAAAGGAGGCAAAGUCAUACAGAGCCACAUUACAGAAGGCCUCAGAGCCCAGGUGAACAGAUGGGUUGGCUCCAAGAUGGAAGCCAAGUUCACCACAUAUUCAGGAUAUCCUCAGGAGGCAGGGGCACCAUGACAGACAACCUCUGGAAGUUUCUGUGAGGUGAGUAUGUGUCAGAAGUACUCGGUCCUUCUGUAAGAACUAAGGAACUCCAAGGGGCAAUAAAUUAAAAACUCAGUGGUUUUCAAAGAAGCCUAAGUAAGUUAAGCAAAGACAGAAUAUGAAGGAUUUCUGAGGAGAGGUGCCAUGUUUGGGAAGGAGACCCUGAUUUUUUGCAGGCUACCUCCUGGCAGAUGGAGAAGAGCAGGCUGGGGUCAACAAGCUACAUAGCCAACUUAUAGGAGAGCCCUUCUCAUGCCUGUGCUGCCUCGCUACCCCCCACCAGGCUGCCUACCUCCUGUUGCUCGGGCUGGCAUUGAGCAGCUUACACACCAGUGCUUACAAGGGUUUUUACAGAAGGACUGAGUAUCUCUACCAACUCACCAGUGUGGGCUGGCAGCUUUCUGCUGGAGUCCACGCUGAUUUGCUUGGUGGCUAGGCCAGUAUUUUAAAUACCACUGGUUGCUUAACAGACAUCUUUAAGCAGGCCUUGCAUGGUUGCAAGAGACAUAAACCCAACGGGAACUAGUCGAGGCUAAAGGGAAGUGUAUCAGGGCUCACACCACACAGUCGUGUGAGAAUGGCAAGGGUGAUUGCUUCAUCCAUUGCCCAUCUCCCAGCUAGUUAGCUAUGCCCCAGGGAGCAUGAGCCAGUGCAGAUUUCUCAGAAGGGGGAGGGCGAGGCAUCCAGUGCCCACCGUGCUCAGACCUCACUUCAUCAAGUCAGCACCCUCCUGGGCAUUCAGUUCCCUUCAACACCCCUCUGACCACCACCAAAUGUACAAGUCUUUGAUUUAAAAAAAAAGGGGGGGGUGCCUGAGUGGCUCAGUCAGUUAAGCGUCUGACUUCAGCUCAGGUCAUGAUCUCCUGGUUCGUGGGCCCAAGCACCUACAUCAGGCUCCAUACUGACAGCAGAGCCUGAUUUGGAUCCUCUGUUCCCCUCUCGCUGCCCCUCCCUGACUUGCGCACUCUCUCUCCCUCUCUCAAAAAUAAACAAACAUUUAAAACAUUUAAAAAACAAACACCACUUCCCCCAGGCCUAAAGUCUUCUGCCUUUAUGAUAGACUCACUCUCACCUCUUCCAUAGUUCAUCCCCACAGAUUCCUUUCUUUCCAAUUCCCGGGGAUCCACUCUCUGUCCACUAGUUCCUGCCUUCUGACUUUAUCCUCACUCUGGAGCCACUGCUCCUCCUUUCUCCUCCUUCAGAGACUGGCCAUUCCUGUGGUCUGUAGGUUAUGCCUCCUUAGCUCUUCUGCAACCCUGAGCUCCAGGUCGGCUUCCUGCCACGUGACUGCACGUGGUGACUCACGGCACCUGUCUCACACUCCCAAUGCCCAGGGGUUCACCCUGUCUCUCCAGAGUCUUCGGUCCCUUCCUCCAGCCUUCCAGCAUUCUCUGCGCCUCCCUCCCUCCACCCCUAGCCCACAGAUCCAGACCUGCCAGCACUUCCUGUGUUGACUCUUCUCCAUUUUGUUCCUUGUAUUGGAGCACCACUGCUGCCCUGUGUGCAGACUCCAGCUAACUCUGUCAUCCUUCAUCCAGACCAUCUGCUCAGGGCUUCAUGCCCCUCUGUGCUCCAGCAGCACCCGAGCACACUGCUCUGUGCCUCUGCUUUCCCAGCCGGCUACAAGCAGUUCCCAGACUGGAAUGAAGUCCUAUCCUCAGGACCGAGCAUUAGUUGCUCAGUGGUGAACACAUGGCUUUCUGGGUCCUGCUGAGAGGGAUAGGAGGAUCAAUUCCAGAGUCUAUAGUCUGGAAGAGGACAGCAAACGUUCCUGAAAAGCUAUGUAUGUGGCCAGAAAGAAAGGAACAAGAGCAUCCUUUGGGAAGCUUAGUUCUGGUUUGGAUGUUUUAGGAAAAACCACAAACAAACUACGGAAAAAAUAAAGGCACCCCAUUCCUCUUUUAAAAUAAACACAAGGGACUUGGAAUAAAACAUUCUGUAAACCCAAACCAGAACUAAGCUAGUUUACUGAACUCAAAGGAAUCAUUUUCACUAAACCAUAAAACAAAUGUUUUUCCUAAAAAUUACUUGGUUAACCAACACACAUAGGAACAAAGUAUUUUCCAAAACAAUUUCACUGAACAUACAAUCCACACAUUGUUUGGAAAUUGAUGUGUGCCUUCCUGCAAGGGAAGCUGAAGUCCAGGCGCCCAUGAAUAACUGGUGCCUGUUGUGCCAUCCCCUCCCCCUUCUUUGCUUCCGGAUUUGAUGCACCUGCUCUCCUAAUGACUGGCCACCACGCCACCAAGCCUGACCCUGGCCCUUGCAUUUGCUGUUCAGCCCAAAUGUGGAAAUUGCCUAUUAACCCUGUAAACAGGCCUCUGCCCGCUGCCCCCGCUCCAGGCGAAUAGCUGGUGGAAAGCUAAUAGCUGGUCCACGGUGGAAAGUUGAGCUGAUGCAGAAUGAGAGGCAGGGGCAUGUUUCAAGUGUCUAGGUGAGCUGUGCCAAACUCCACGAAUAGUCUUGGGUUGAGCACAGGAUGGGGAAGGCUUGGAACCUUGAGAGGCAAGAUUAUUCCUACCCCCUGCUCAUAGGCCCACAGAUGCUGCACUGCCCCCUUAGCUGAGCCCCCUCUCAUGGGCCUGCAGGGAGGAGAGAGAAGCCCCACCCAAAACUACCUCCAUCUAGAGCGACCCAGCCCUGGUGCUCAGGUGUGUGGAUGAGGUUCAUUCCAUCCACCCCCUUUUACAGUUGAGCAAACAAGCCCUUAGGUCCCCAUGGCCUCCCCCAGACCUCUCCACAGGUUGCUGGCUCCCCACUCAGGCUGCCAACUGCGUGGGACACGGGUCCCCAGCCAUUGCCGCCUCCGGGCCACAAUUUCCUUUUCGGGUCAGGGAAGACUGAGGGCUUUGUCGGCCUAAGGGCAGGAGCCUGAGGAUGCAGCCCCGGAAGUGGGAGGAGGAUUCUUAAGGGCGUGGCCCGGCUGGAGCAGUCCUACCUCCUCAGAUCCCUGGGAAGACAGGGAGCGGGAGCAAUCUGUCUGGUGACCCCAGGGCCAGUGGCUAGGAACAUGCACUGGGAAGGGAAGAGUGUCGGGUGGCAGGCUACUCCCCCUCCCUUCAUGGAGACGUCACUGGAGUCUGGACCAGGAGCAGGGGGAGGAGUCACCAUAAAUCCCAGAGCUGGCUGUCUGGGGGUCCCACUGUCACCUGGAGGAGCCACCUCAAGGAGCCACCUCGUCCACAGCUUUCCCUCCGUGAGUGAAGAGGCUGCUUUCCCUCAAGGGCUGGGACUCCUGGAUGGCAGUCUGUCCUGGGUGUAUGGCACUCUGUUCCUCUUCUCCCUCCCAAGUCCCUCUUACCCAUGAAUCACGUCCCAAAAAGAACCCUUUCCCUUUCUCUCCCCAACACUGUUUCUAUGCCUGCUGCCUCUAGUGUGGGAGGGACGAGGGGUAAAAGCACUUGCCCCUGUCACCACCACACAUCCAUUCCACAUCCCCAACUGCCAUGGAAGAGAGAUGGCAACCCACAGAGAAAAGGCAGGGUGCUGUGCACCAGGUGCCCCCAGUGCCCCUACACUGCUGCCUGUCUCUAGGAGGGCUCCCCUGACCCGAGUCUCUGUUACUUUUUCCAACUUUCUACUUCUGGAAUCCCUGACGGGAGGAGGGGUAGGCCUGACUGACCAGGAAGGGCCCUCAGCUGGCAAGGCUCGAAUCCUCUAUGCCCUGGGGGGGGGGGGGGGGGGUCUGGGGAAGGCUAGCCGCCAGGAGCCUCUGGGGUCCAGAUCCCUGGACUCCUGGGAUGAGGAGCAGUGGCAGAAGAGGGAAGGGCAUUAGGAACCACUAAAGCUGCCCCUGAAGCGCCAGCUGUCCAAGGGGCCCCCGGCAGAAAAGGAAGGAGGUGUGGAUGGAAGUAUCCGCCUUCUUGAGUGCUGUCCACUAUCCGUGGGAGCAGCCCUGUCAUGGCCGGCUGCAGGCUAGGCCUUCUGCUACUGCUGCUGCUGACUGCCCACCCUGGACGCUGGAAGGCUCAGCACUGGUCCCAGGGCUGGUACCCCAGAGGAAAGUGGGCUUCCAGCUCAGCCCAGCACCCACAGCAUGUCCCAAGGCUCCCAGGAAGGGUCCUGGGCACUGCAGCAAGCAGACCAGACAAGGCUGCCCAUAACCUCCCAAGCGAUGCCCUGGCUCCCCAGAACAGUGUGCCCUGGGAGGCCAGAACCACAGGCUGGUGGUCCCUCUACAGGAAGCAGCGCCUGGUGCAGACACUGCUGGUAAGUACAGAGAGAGGCCCAGGCAUUGGCCACCAGGGGCCAUUAUGGCCAAGGACUUGGGCUAUGUGGACAGAAGAGGGGGUAAUGAGAAAACACAGAGACGCCCCCUGCCAAAGCACCCUCAGGCACACAGCCAGAUGCCAUCUGCUAUUCUUCCUAUUUCCCAGAAUUCUUGGAACAAUUUAUGAUAAGAUACUUAUGUUAAAGUAAAAGAUUAGAAGUCAUUAGUGGAGUAGGAGGAGACAAUUGUGCUUAAAACCUCCAUAAGUAAGACCAUAGCUGUAGCGGGAUCCUCUAGGCUUCUUUCUCAUCAUCAGGAGAACCCAGUGUGUCUCCCAGUGGGAAGAGAUGAGGAGUGUGAACUCACACUAAUAGAAGGGGCCCCAGAACCAGGUGGUCACUGCACUAGCAAUGACUUGGUGAUUGCAGAAGACCGAGUGCAGAGAUGGAUUACUACUAUUUUGCAAAUUUAUUUUAAAGUGCACCAGGAGGGCGCUAACUGAAGGAGAAAGUGGUAAAUUCCCAUAAGGCAAAAACUUAUCACCGAGUUUAAGUCGGUGUGAGCUCAGGCUUUUACAUACCAGGUUAAGGGUGGGCAACACCCAAGGAGCUACAGAGCGCCCACGCUGGGUCCUCUAGCAGCCAAGGCGCGUCCGCCAGAAGGCCACGUCCAGCUCCGCGGGGACAGGCCUGGAAGAGAGGGGGCGGGCAAGGUCGCAGCUGGGCUGCCAGGGCAUCUGCUAAAAAGCCCGCUUCCUCCCCGCGCAGACCGAACCUAGAGCGCCGCGCCCUGCAGCCCUCCAAUAACGAUGUGAACUCCCUGAAGCUACUGCCUCGAGUUCUCUCAGUCGUCCCCUCCCUUGCCCACCCGCGCUGAGACCCUACCCCGCGCGGGGGCUGGAGGGACGCGGGCCGGGCCCGCCGGCGGGAGGGACACGGGGCGGGUCAUGGCAGGCCUCGCAGGAAGGGCGAAGCCAGAGCCAGCGGGC